AUGAUCCUUUUGCGAACUCAACUCUGGAUUCUCUUUCUCGCGGUUGUGGUCAACGCUAGCCAUGGACAUACCGACUUGAGGAUUGUCAAUAGGCUGGUCAGCCCGGAUGGAUUCAAUCGUUCGGCUGUAUUGGCUGCGGGAACAUUCCCUGGUCCUUUGAUCCACGGAAAGAAGAAUGAUGGAUUUCGAAUCAAUGUCAUCAAUGAGCUCACAGAUGUCAACAUGGUCCGAAGUACAAGCAUCCACUGGCAUGGGAUAUUCCAAAACACGACAAACUGGGCAGACGGAGCAGCCUUUGUCAGUCAGUGCCCAAUCGCACCCAACGAGUCUUUUCUCUACGAUUUCCAAGCUAAGAACCAAGCUGGAACGUUCUGGUAUCACUCACAUGUCUCCACACAGUAUUGCGAUGGCCUUCGCGGCCCUCUUGUUGUAUAUGAUCCCAGUGACCCGCAUCGUCACUUGUACGACAUCGACGAUGAGUCAACCGUAAUCACUCUGGCUGACUGGUACCAUAUUUUUGCGCCGACGGCUGCCGGUCAAUCGCCGCCUCCCGUCUCGGCUACCACAAUCAUCAAUGGUAAGGGGAGGUACCCCUCUGGGCCUCAAGUUUCCCUUUCUGUAAUCAACGUUCAGCACGGCAAACGAUAUCGUUUCCGCAUCAUAGCCAUGUCGUGUGACCCAAAUUUUACGUUCUCCAUCGAUGGCCAUGAUUUUGUUGUAAUUGAAGCCGACGGGGAAAACACCCAACCUUUGCUAGUUGACGAACUUCAGAUUUUUCCAGGACAGAGGUACUCGGUUGUGUUCACUGCAGAUAAACCUAUAGCGAAUUAUUGGGUUCGCGCGCUACCCAAUAGGGGCGUCCAAGGGUUCCAAGGGGCAGUCAACUCCGCCAUAUUGCGAUACGCUGGAGCGCCGGUGCAUGUGGAUCCAUUAUCUACACAAGCGCCUAGUAUCCGCCCACUUCGGGAAACGGACUUGCACUCUCUCUCUGACCCCGCUGCCCCCGGCCCUACUACUCCAGCUGGUGAGGGCGUGGUGGCGUUGAACCUGGCGUUGUCCUGGGAUCCUAUCGACGUUAAAUUCAAGAUGAACAGUGUGCCAUGGAUUCCGCCAACAGUCCCUAUAUUGCUACAAAUUUUGAGCGGAGCGCGGACGGCUAAUGAGCUCUUACCUUCGGGCUCGGUUUAUCCCCUUCCGAGGAAUAGAGUUAUUGAGAUUUCUUUGCCUGGGUUGGAUCUCGGUGGCCCCCACCCCUUUCACUUACACGGUCACAGUUUCUCUGUCAUCCGGAGCGCAGGUAGCUCAGUGUACAACUACCUCGACCCGGUGCGCCGCGACACUAUUAGCACUGGCCUAGCUGCGGCAGGUGAUAAUGUUACCAUUCGUUUCGUGACGGAUAAUUCGGGGCCAUGGUUCUUACACUGUCAUAUUGAUUGGCAUCUGGAUCUUGGAUUGGCCGUUGUCCUCGCUGAAGAUACCCCCGGAACGCCCACAUUGGAUCCCGUCCCUGGCGCUUGGGAGUCCCUGUGUCCGGCGUACGAUCACCAGUUUUGA